UUUAACGUUGUUUUCCCCAUGAAGGAAGCCAGGGCAGUCAACUGUUAAAUGUGAGAAAUACCAGACCGUCUUUAACACACCGGUAAUUCAGGUGUAACUAUCAAUUUGUGCUGUAACUUUUGACGCUGAUACUUACAGACGAAUGAUUUUCAUGGUUAUAUUUCCGUCCCUAUAAGAGCGUAUUUGGUUCAUAAAAACAAGGAAACAACCAGGAGAAAGGUCCCGGCGAUGAGCUAUAAUCAUUUUACUUUUGUUUCUGUUUGGUUUCACAAAGAAUUUCCUCUCAGACGUUCCUGAAACAAGUUUCUGAAGUGUGAAAAAUUGAUAUAACACAGGCUGCUGAAAGUGAUUGCAGUGAAAGUCAUACCACCGGCAAAAUUGAUGUACAUUUUUGGCUGCGGGACAACGCGAAUCUGACACACAAAGCUUCCUUAAACAAUAGAACAAUAGAAAGAAUACAAUUGAAAUAAAGCGAGAGAAACAUAAACAAAAGAUCGGAAUGUGCGGGAUAAUCUGCGUGUUAUGCAAACCUGGCAACUAUUAGGACGGUGAGUAACGUUGUCAAGAGGAUUAGGCCACAGAGAGCAAUCGCUGAUAUUCAAGGCGGAUGUUAAAUGGUUGUGAUUUGCGUUUUCGAGACUUUUAUGUAUUUUAAAGAUUGAGAAAGCACCAUGUUUAAAUUUGUCGUCAAACGUAAUUCGAAGGAACUCUUUCACCGCGCCGUCGCUGAAGACGAUAUUUUGAGAGUGAAAUUACUUCUUGAUCAAUGUAAAGAAGACCCCAAAUUCAAUAUUGAUGAGAUCAAUGAUGAAGGACUUACAGCGUUACAGAAUAGUUGUUUCAUCGGUAAUGUAGAUAUGGUAAAAUUAUUAUUAUCAUACGGAGCCAAUAUGAAAAUCAAGGAUCGUGAAGGAUGGACUUUACUGCAUGCGGCAGUAAUGACAGGUAAUUUUAACAUCGUAAAGUUUUUGGUUGAGAAUGGAUUGAGCGUCUCCAGUAAAACUGACCGAAAAGACUUGCCAAUUGAUUUUGCCGAAAGCAAGCAGAUCCUGUUAUUUCUUGUAAAGAAAAUGCUUGAAGCUGGCAUGAUUGAUGAAGUUCACAAAUAUAUCAAGCGAAAUCCGCGUCGAAAAAAGGAAAUUUAUAAGCAAAUAGAAAUGUCAAUAAAGUCAAAGCGGGACGAAAUUAAAGCAUUGGAAAGUUUCCCAUUUACACCAAGGGAAAGCAAGGGCAAGCCCCCAAAAGGAGAAAAGAAAGAGGUAGGUUCAAGAAGUAAAGACGACUCAAAACUUAAUAGUCACAUAAAAGUUACUACCAGGAGAAGUUAUCCUGUUGAUCAGAACCACAGUCCAAAAACGAAAGAGAGAGGCUACAAUGAAGUUUUCACCCUAGAUGUAGAUGAUCUACCAGAAACACCAGUUCAUAAAAAAUGGUCAUCUUUGUCAAAUAUAGUUGACAACUCUAAAGCUCAUCUGACAGAGUCAAAAGUAAAAAUGCAUAACGGGUAUGAAACAGAUGGAACUGAACCAAUUUAUCAAAAUUCCACUGAAGUCAAAGCAUUACUCAAGGAUAUAAUCUCAAACAACAAUGGUUCACAUGACAGACAGAAAAAGCAUACAGAAAUGGACAUAGCUAGUGUAAAUUCCCAUUCAACAUCAGGAUAUGAAACAGAUGAUAACCAACUGAUGUACUACACCAGGCCUAUUAGAUACUCUGAUACAAAUGAAUUCUUUGAAGGAGUUGAAAAUAAUAAUCACCCAGACAAUGAAUAUUUAAAAAGGUCCCAAACGAUGUCACCCAGGACAAUGAGACGUUUGGAAUACAGAUUUGGGACACUUUUUGUCAAUAAUCUACCAAAUGAAUUUAAUGGAGGAAGUUCACAAAAACCAACUGAACACAAUUUUAAAAAGAUUGAAUACCCAGAAGUGUUCCUUUAAAUUAGCAUUCUGGUUUGAGAUAAUCUUAAUUUUAGGAUGCAAGACUCUUCAUUUCUAGAAUUUUAACUGAACAAUAUCACCCUGGAGGACAAUUAAUCUUUUACCAAAGCACUUUCUAUUCAAUAGGUAUGUUGGGCAUAUAGAUUUUAUGACCUUUUAUCAGAAAGAGAAAGAAUUUUUAAUAGUUGUUGGUGCUCUAGGGUGUUUUAAACAGUCAGUUGUUUUGUAUAGUGCUACACCAUUGCAAAUCUUUAAUUGGCUUUUACCUAUUAAGAAACUGUGUAUUAACUUACUUCCCUAAGUGUAUAAGUUUUACAGUAUGGUUUUAUUGCAAUGCUGGAUUUGAAAAGCAGCUCACAGAAUUUCAUUUUGUUUAAAAAAUGUGUAUCCUAUCACUAAAAAUCCAAAAAUUAAAUAGCCCCUUAGGAUAAUGACUCCAUAAAACAGUUAUAUCCUUGUGUCCGCAAUAAACAGUGGCUCAUAACAUAAAGGGUUUGGAUAAAAUCUCUCAAAACUUGUUGAUGGUAAAGAGGCCAAAAUAGUUGGAGUGUUGAAAAUUUUUUUACCAGUCCAUUGGAAACAAAAAGUUCAAGGAGGAAGUCGGCCUUUGUACUAUACACUGUUUGAUAUUGAAGGCUUUAGAAAAUAAGAAAUGAUCCAGCCUUAUUUGUGACACAACACUCCAACUACAUUCCUUCCAAUAAAGAAUUUUAAGAAUUCAUAAACAGAUUCAUUUUUAGAUUGGGUACCUUUUUACUCAAAAUUACCAGUAAGCUAUAAUUUCAAAAUCAGUUUAUUCCUUGAGCAGAUACAAGGCUCUUUGUUGUAGAUUUUACAAGUUUUGGUAUUGUUAUAUGUUGUUAUCAUUUUUAAUGGUCUUAAAAUUAAUCUAGUUUAUAUUGAAAAGAAGUGUAUAUAUUGAAAGCGUUUGUUAGGAAGCAGUUUAGUAUAGAUGUCUAUAUUCUGGCCUAAAUCCAUUGUAAAUUUCUAUGGUUUGUACUGUUUCAACUAAUUUGAAAAAUAUCACUCUAUGAUGCAUUUUUGAGGUUAUUGUAUUAACAUUUACAUGAUAGAAUUGUAAUGUUAACCAACUCCAACAUUUUUACUUGGGUGCAUUCUUUAUUGGCCAAAGAUUGAUCAUUAAUAGUUUAAAGGUUGAAAAGCCUAUUGCCAUGUAACUUUUACUAUAAAUGUAGGAAAUGGGUUUCUAUUCAAAAUAUUUCCUAAUUACUACAGAGGUGUGCAGUUGUUAUCGCUACUUGCAUUUCAUACUUAUCCUCUUGUUUCAUUAACCAUCCUCUAAAAAACAUUUUCCGUCCCAUCAAAAAGUGAAAUGAAACUCCCUUGAAACAGCAAUCAACUGAGACAAACGCCAUGUUCACAGAAAUACAUAAAAAUAAAGAGUAAAUAAAAUUUUAAAUCUGGGGAAGGCUUCUCUACUCUUCCUUGCUUUGUCAGAAAAAGUGCUCGCGGUAAGUACCAAAACCAUGCAAAGAUUCAGAGGCAGAGAAGCAGCUGGAUCAACAAGCUAAAGGUGUACGGUACAAGCAUGCGCAGAAGAUAUUUUGACAUUCAGAAACGGUACGCUUAUCGUGCCGCUUUCCGUUUUUGAAAGUUGAAAUCAAGGCAACUUUAGAUAUCGUACCAUUCGGAAAUAUCUUGCUGUUACUAGUCAUAAAAGUAUGAAUCAAAGACUUGAAUAGCAGGUGCCCUGUUGGCAUGGAGAGAAUAAGCUUGAUACUGUUGCUUUAUAUAUACUCUUUAACAGGGGCACCGUCCUAAAAAGUCAGAAAGGGGGCUGUGCUGUGAGGAAAUUCAAGAAGUCACACCCAUGACCAAACCCUUACAACACCAAAUGUAUUUGCAUUUGUGGUAAAAACUCCCUGUCUGUUGGGUGUAGAAAUCAUCCAUGACACAAACAGUCUGAUAAGGACUUUCUCAUUCACGAGAAAUCAAUAUCAUAACAUAAUAGAGGGUUGCCAGCAAAUAAGAACCUAUUGUUAAGAGGGGCUGAGCCACCCAAAAUCUAUCUGAAUUUAACAAAAGGGG